CGGCGCUCGCGCUGAUAGCGUUUGCCGGCGUAAAUUACCUGUCGCCUCCGUUUGGCUGACCCGAAGAUGUCGUAAAUCUCUCGAGCGCCCGUGUGAUAUGUGAUAAGAGUGCGGGGCGUACGGAACACCAAGUACUUGGCAGCUAAAGUGCCGCCAGCUCGGGCCAUAGUCGCAACGCGUUCGCCGCCGUGCUCAGAUCGCCUGCCAUGUCCAUGUCCAUGUGCAAAACAUUCGUGGCGCUGGCCAUCGCCUGGCUGAGCAUGCUCUGCCUGCUGUCCGUGGCCGUGCACUGUGACAGCGACUCGUACUACGAGAAAUACUAUGCCGCGCGACGCUUUGUGCCGCUCAAGCGCAACUCUCCGCUGACCUUCAAUUUCACGCUAACCCUCUCCAAGGAGGACGUGCUGGCAUCCCAUGAGCGGCCCGCGCUGGUCGGCAAUCUGGCGGCGCUGGGCAGCUGGCAAGCGGAUCGGGCCGUUCUCCUGAAUCGCACGGACGUGCACAAUGUCUGGAUGGGAUCGGUCCUGCUGCCUCAGAACAGCAGUGUCGAGUACCGUUACUUUGUCGCGGCCGUGUCGCGUUCUGGCAGCGUGCAGGUGCGUCGCUGGGAGUCGCAUGUGUUGCCGCACGCAUUUAAUACGACCAAGCUGCCGGGUAAUCGCUCCGACGAGCUGGGCAACAUUGAUGGCCAGCGGCAGCUGACCCGCGGCUGGCUGCAGAGCUCUGGCUCGAUUGUGCAGCUCAAGGUGUUCCGUCAGGCGUUGCGCCUGGAGGAGCAGACGGUGCCGGAUGCAGCCAGCUUGCGGUUACGCCUGCAGCCAGUGCAUCCGGGCAAUCUGUCGCCCAUUCUAAGCUCGGCAGCAGCCAACGUGGAGUACGUGCGCAUGGUUUACGCCGACAGCAUACUCCGCCCGCAGCCAGAGUACGGUGUGCCCUAUGCGCAGGACAAGGACUUGCUCAUGUUCCAUGUGACGGUGGAGCAGCUGCAGCAGGUGGCCUACCAGCUGGAGGUCUAUGGCGAGCAGCAGGACCUGGUGCGCUUGCUGGGCUACGCUCACCUGCAGCCAGGCUCUCUGGUGGGCAGCGAAGGCAACCUGACCCUGCAGCUAAUAUCGCCGGUGUGGCAACGCGUGGUGGGCGAACUGCAGCUUGAGUACCUUGUGGUGCGUCCCAUGGCCAAUGGCAGCACAGAUUUCCGCACCAGCUUCGUCAACUAUUGGCGGGCCAACUGGACAGCGCUGGAGAUCGGCCAUCGUGGGCUGGGCAAAAGCCUGUCACUCUCCUCGACGUCGGCGGCGCCGCUCAUUGAGAACACGUUGGGCUCCAUGCUGAAGGCUGGCGAGCUGGGCGCUGAUCUAGUCGAGUUCGAUGUGCAGCUGACCAGUGAUCUGGUGCCCAUCAUUCAUCACGACUAUUCCAUACGCGUGUGCAUUGACUCCAAGACGCCGACUACGCGCAACGAUCUGACCGAGGUGCUCAUCAAGGAUAUUACCUAUGAGCAGCUGAAGCAGGUGAAGACCUACCAGAUCGUUGGCAACAAGAUCAUUGAGUAUCCGGCUCACAGCAAUGUUGAGCAGGUGGAACAGCGCCUCUUCCCCACGCUGCAGGAUUUCUUUGAGCGGGUUAACCUCAGCGUUGGAUUCGACAUUGAAAUCAAAUGGCCUCAGCUGCAAUCGAACGGCGUCUACGAGAGCGAACAGACCAUCGACAAGAAUCUGUUUGUGGACCGUAUUUUGGAGGUGGUGCAGCGAUAUGGCUGUGGUCGUCUCAACAUCCUCAAGAGCUUCGAUGCGGAUCUGUGCACGCUGUUACGCUUCAAGCAGAACAUGUAUCCGGUGCUCUUCCUCACCAGCAGCAAGGAGAAUGUCUAUACCGAUCCGCGCACCAGCACCGUGGAGCAGAGCAUCAACUUUGUCCAGGCCUUCGACCUCGCGGGCAUUGUGCCCAAUGCCGUAUUCUUCAAGGCCGAUCCCACGCUGGUGCAGCGCGCCAAGUCCCAGCUACCGUUGCUGUUGCUCUGGGGCUCAGACAUUAAGGAUCGCGAGGCAAUCGAUUGGUUCAUCCAGCAGGGCCCUGAUGGUGUCAUCUACGAUCGCAUGGACCUCUGGCUGCCUCCCAGCAAGACGGGCGCCUUCGAAGCGGAGCUCGACCUGCCCGACUUCUUCCAGCUACAGUGUGCGCCCGCCAACAAGCAGCGCUCCUCCAAUGUCACCCUCGAGAGCAUCCUGAGCAAUGUAAACGUUCUCUAGCUUCUACUUUGUACUUGAUAUUAACGCCAAGCAAUAAACGUACUUUCUCUAAAAA